UUCUUAUUUGAUUUCCUUCCCUCUCGACUUUAUUGGGCGGAAUCGUGCUUCUUAAAGGCGCAGACAUCUGAUUACGCACACGGAAUCGAUUUGUGUGUCGUCUUUCCUUCUUUUUUAACUUCAUCCCAACUUUAUUUAACAGACGAAGAUGAAAAGCAAACCACCUCAGCGUGUUUUCCCUGAUCGACGAAUCGAUUAUUCGGCGGAAUUAGGCUACGUUUGGUGUCCUUGGCGACGCCUGUAUAUUAUUUCGCCCGUAUGCAGAUCAUUUCCAUGUGUUAUCGUAUUUUAUUAUUAUUUUUCCGGGAUGAAAUUGGCUUCACCGGAGGCAGUAAGAUCUCGUUGCUUGACUAAACGAGCUCAUGUUCCAUGGCGGGUUGAUUAAGUGAUUAUUUGGCGUGGUUAUAGGUCAUACCCCCUGACCGGUUGCGUAGCCCGAUUAUGUUAUUUAAGCGAUCUUAUGUCUAAAAUGUCAAAUGUCGGGCAUUUUCUUCUCUCCGCCGUUUAUUCCAGAUCGCUUCAAUAGUGCGUAAGGCGCAAGAAAUCCUAUACGCCAUGUAGACGUACAGUAGAACGACCCCGUGUUCGCAGAUGUGCAGAAUCCGUAUAGCGGAUCAUCGAUUAAUCGAUUACUUAGAAGAUCUUAUGUUAAGCUCUGAUGUCGAGACCUUUCUUGUGUGUCUGAUUUUCUUUUCUAAUCACUUUAUUCCAGACUGAUUUAAUAGGUUGGACUAAUGUGAGGGGUUGGAGUGUUAAAUUUAAACUCGACUAAUUGUUUUCAGCUAAUCGAUUAAUCGGUGAAAUCCCGCUCCGUUCUGAUGGGAUGAUGGGAUUAUUUCAUAUCUUGUUUUCUUUUCCUGGGUGAAAUCGUGUUUACUGAAAGAACAAAGACGUCUAAAUGAUCUAAUGGCUGGAUGAUUAACUGAUUAAUCGGUUAUAGCUCGGUUUCCGACCUCAAUUCUCUCUCUCUCUCUCUCUCUCUCUCUCUCAUUUCCUUCUGAGAUGAAGAAGCUGAGGAAGCAGACGGUACGGACCCUCUCUCUGAUCCUCUGCAUGUUCUCCUACCUGCUGGUGGGCGCCGCCGUGUUCGACGCACUCGAGUCGGAGUCGGAGAGCGCGAGGCGUCGCGUCUCCGAUCAGCGGCGCGCAGAACUCAAGACGCGUUACCGCUUCACGGACGACGAUUACCGCGAGCUGGAGCGCGUGGUGCUGCGCGCGGUGCCGCACAGAGCCGGGACGCAGUGGAAAUUCGCCGGAUCCUUUUACUUCGCCAUUACAGUCAUCACCACGAUAGGUUAUGGUCACGCAGCUCCAGGUACGGACGCCGGGAAAAUCUUCUGCAUGUUUUACGCUGUUCUCGGGAUCCCUCUCACUCUGGUCAUGUUCCAAAGCCUGGGUGAAAGAAUGAACACUUUUGUACGCUUCCUGCUCCACCGGGGGAAAAAGUGCCUCAGGUUCCGACGUACGAGCGUCUCCAUGGAGAACAUGGUCCUCGUGGGCCUCCUGUCCUGCCUAGGCACGCUGUGUUUGGGCGCGGCCGCGUUCUCACACUUCGAAGGCUGGACGUUCUUUCACGCCUACUACUAUUGUUUCAUCACGCUCACCACCAUCGGCUUCGGCGAUUUCGUGGCUCUGCAGAAGAAAGAUGACCUCCAGGAACGGACGCCGUACGUCAUCUUUAGCUUCGUGUACAUCCUGGUGGGCUUGACGGUGAUCGGAGCCUUUCUCAACCUCGUGGUGCUGCGCUUCCUCACCAUGAACACCGAGGAAGAGAGGGAACGGGCGUCGUUAAAGAGGAAAGAGCGCAACUUCGAAAGAACGCUCGCUAACCAGAACAGCCACAGCACACUUUUUUUGCCGAUGGAAGAGGGGACGAGCUGCACUAACCUCAUCCCGUCUCCGAACGCGAACGAAUGCUACUCCCGUCCAGCUCUCCCUCGCCCUUCGAAUCCUUCUCGCCAGCGGUCGCGUCUCAAUUCCCUCUGCUCUUGCUGUUAUCGCUUUGAUCUGUGCCCCAGCCUCCUCCCAUCUCGACCCGGCUGCAACGUCGAUUCGGUUUACUACAGUUCCAUUUCUUAUCGGAUCCAUGGAGGUUCCUUUACCAGGGAAAACACCGGAUUUUCCUCCCCAGGAAGCACUCUCUCUCCUGGGCACAGUUUCAGAGAACUACCCCGCUUACGCAGGAAGUCCGUCUGAUUGUUCGCAACGUUUAAAGACACGAUUUACAGGCUGUUAUACACAUAUAUUUUUGUAGCACGUACAAAAAAAACAAGAUCUUUCGCUUAGUGUAAGAUAAAAAUCUGCAUGUCUGAACGUCGGCAAACGCGGCAAACGACCCGACGUCAACACGGCAAACCGUCCGUCUUAAAGAGUUUAUCACGGGAAGACCUGAGACAUGUAUGACAAUGCGCUGUGCUAGUUUCAAGUCCUUUUCUAGUGUCUCCUUUUAACUUCUCAUGUUUAAAGGAAGCAUUUAAAUGCUCUAACAUUGGACCAUUUGGACAUUUUCAAGGUGGAUGAUUUGAGUAUCGGCUGAAAUCGAUACCCAGCUGAUAUGUUUUUCUUUAAAAACUACGAAGCUUUGAACUGUUAUUUAUUUAUUUAUUUAUUUAUUACUGAAAAUAUAGGAAGAAAGCACCUAGCUAAAAUCACGGCGUGUGCAAGACGGCUUACACUCAAGUAAAAUAAAGAAUAAAUUACAUAUAGAGUUACCUAUAAUAAAAAUCAAUCCCAACCAACAAAACAAAACAAAUAAACAAUCCAGUCUCUUUGUAAUGUAUGUAAACAUUUACAGUUCCAAAAAAAAAAAUCUUUUUCAAACCCAAUUCCAAUCUUUUCCAUUUGUUACAGGAUCGGAUCAAAGCCUGUUUUUUCCUCUCUAAUAUCCAGUCCGCCGUUUUUUUGCUCUCCGGCUCUUUGGUAAUAUAGUCAUUAUAAUAUAAUCAUUAUAAUAUAGUCAUUAUAGUUUAUUUUGCCAUAUUCAGUGCCAUUCGAUGUCUUAUGAUUGUGAAAAUAGACCCAUGUUAAUGAUAAUA